UUUAGCUUUCAUAUUUCUGAGCAGCACUUGAACUCCACACAGUGUGGAAGCGUAAAGACACUUACGUCAUCACCAUGCGACACGUCAACAUGCAGAUUUUUGUAUGAGCUAACGGUGUGUAAUUCUGCAAAUUUUGACAACAGAUCUUUUCUAGUUAGAUAAAAAAAAAUCCAACAAUAUUCUGAGCGGCUUCGUCGAAUUGUUUUAUUAAAACAUUUAUUUUCCUUUCUAUGAUUAAUUUGGCUUGAACCGAGGCUGCGGCGUGGAUUCUGCGGUUCUGGCAGGUGUCAAAAUUCGUUGGACUGAUUAAAUCCGGCGAGAAAUCUUCCAGUUAGUUUUUACUUUAAAGUCUUAAAUUUUGGGGGGCUGUUGUGUAAUUCAAGAUGAACGAAGAAGAACUGGUGGAGUACUUCAGGGUUCAGAUGAAGAAAGAUCCUGGCAUGGCCUCUGCUGUGGCUGCUAUCCGGACUCUGUUGGAGUUUCUCAAGAGAGACAAAGGCGAGACCCUGGUGGGGCUCAGGGAGAACCUGACGUCGGCCACAGACUGCCUGACGAGAGAAGACUCUUCUGUGGCCGUCUCUUCUGGAGGAGAGCUCUUCCUGCGCUUCAUCAGUCUCACAUCUCUGGAGCACCAGGAUCUGUCUCGCUGUAAGAAGGUGAUGGAGGAGAGAGGAGAACUGUUCCUCCAGAAGAUCUCCUUGUCCCGGAACAAGGUUGCUAAGCUCUGUCACACCUUCAUCAAAGAUGGCGCUAAAAUCUUGACCCACUCGUACUCCAGAGUGGUCCUGAGUGUGCUGGAAAAGGCUGCAGCAGAGAAGAAACGUUUCUCCGUCUACGUGACUGAAUCGCAGCCCGACGGCGCUGGGCGACAGAUGGCAGAAGCCUUGAGGAAACUUAAUGUUCCAGCAACGGUGGUGCUGGAUGCAGCUGUGGGGUAUGUGUUGGAGAAAGUAGAUCUGGUUAUAGUUGGAGCAGAGGGAGUUGUGGAGAGCGGAGGAAUCAUCAAUAAGAUCGGGACCUAUCAGAUGGCGCUGUGCUCCAAAGCUCACAACAAGCCCUUCUACGUGGUCGCCGAGAGUUUUAAGUUCGUGCGUUUGUAUCCGCUAAACCAGCAGGACGUCCCGAAAAAAUUCAAGUACAAAGCCAACACGCUGAAGACGGUCGAGAACCUUUCAGACGAGCAUCCGAUGAUCGACUACACGCCUCCGUCCCUCAUCACCCUCCUCUUCACAGACCUGGGAGUCCUCACCCCGUCGGCCGUCAGCGAUGAGCUCAUCAAACUUUAUUUAUAA